GGUGCGGAGACGGAGAAGUGUCCGAGUAUGGACUAUGCGAUGAAGCAUGACGAGCCAGUCUCCGUGGAGAUCAGAUCUACUCUGGCGGAUGGUCUGGCUGUGCCCACCGUCGGCUACAACGCAUUCGCCACCGUCAAGGAUUGCGUCGACAGAAUGAUAACUGUGAACGAGGACUGGAUAGCUCGCGCCAUCCUGCGUCUGAUUGAGCAGGAGAAGUACGUGGUGGAGGGCGGAGGAGCAGUCGGAGUGGCAGCCAUCAUGGCGGGUCUCGUGCCAGAACUCAGCGGCAAAAAGUUUGUAUUCUAA